AUGCAUUCUCGUCAAAUGAUACAUAAACAUGAUGGUAAAUUCAAAGAAGCAACAGAUCUUAAUACUAAAACAUUAAAUAAAAUUACUACAGCAUGUCAAAAUGGUGAUGUUCAUAUAUUACAAACAGUUUUAGAAUCAAUUCCAUUAAAGAAACUCGGCCGUUAUUUAAAUGCAAUGAUCGAAGGUCAAGAGAUAUACACAUAUGUCACUCCACUGAUGAUUGCAUCUGUUCAUGGACAUAAUUCAAUCGUACGUUUUUUAUUAGAAAAUUAUUCUCAUCAUUGUAUAGUUGAUGCGCAGAAUUAUUCUUCUUACUAUGAUUCUGAUUAUAAUUAUGAUUUUGAACAUUUUAAUAAACAGACAGCACUUUGGCUUGCAGUCAGAUCUAAACAUCUAAACGUUGUUCGAACUCUUGUCUCACUUGGAAAAGCAAAUGUUAAUCAAAAAGCAGACUAUGACUAUACGACAUCAAACAGGACACCGUUGUAUCUAGCAUGUUUCAAUGGACAAUUAAAAAUGGUCAAGUAUCUUGUAGAGAAUGGUGCUGAUUUAUAUCAUACAGAUAAGAAUGAUUCAACAUCUCUUAUGAUUGCAUCCCACUAUGGUCAUGAUGAUAUUGUACAGUAUUUGUUAAGUUUUGGUGAUAGUAGUAGUCAUCUUUUGAAUGCAGUCAAUAACAAAGGAUCUACUGCAUUACAUGAAGCAGCAGGAUCGGGAAAAUUGAGUACUAUUAAAUUAUUUCUGGAACAAUAUCAUGCGAAAAUUGUAAAGGAUAACAAUGGAUAUACACCAUUGACAAUAGCUGGUAUCAAUAAUCAACAAAAACUUCUAAACUAUUUUAUUGAAAAUAAGACACAAUACGGAUACACAUUUUCAGAAAUUAUCGAUGAACUUGAAUUGAUCGGAUCUUAUCAUAUGAUAAAUUAUAUUGGACCUGACCCUGAAAGAGCUUAUGAUUAUCUGUUGUGGGCAAUGCGAUUAAGAUAUAAAGUUCCAAAGUUACCAUUUUUCAAAAACAAUCUACCUUCUCCAAUUGAAGCCUAUGAAUAUUGUACUGAAUGUCGAACAAUUAAAGAGUUAGAAUCAAUAAGAAAUAAUCCUAAUCGGAUGAUUAUAGAAUGUCUUAUGAUACAUGAACGAGCAGGUGUUACAUCGAAUUUUUUAGAUUUACUUGAUCAUCAGGCUGAGUUAUGUGGAUAUGAUUUAAAUUCAAUUAAUCUUGAUAGUGAUUUAGGUGGACCUGAAGAAUGUCAGCUUGCUUUACGACUAUGGCUACAUGCAUAUCAUCUUAGAAUACAAACACAAAUUAAUUUAAAUAAAUGUGUAUCUUAUUUGAUGGAUUGUACUAGAAUUAUAAGUGAACUGAUUAAUAGUAAAAGAAUGAAUGAAAUUCAAUUUGAUAUAUUGAUGAAAGUAUUAGAAGCAACAGAAAAUGAAUAUCUAAGAAAUAAAAAUCUUGAAUUAAUACUUGAUGUCGGACGAGAAAAUAAAAAUUUUUCUUGUUCAUCAAGUGAAAUUGAUGAAACUAUGGGAAACAACGGAGAUAAGUGUUUAUAUAUCAUUCUCAAUCUUCUUUUCAAUGCGAUGAAAAUCUUAAGAUGUAAUAAUAAGAAAACACAAGAACGACAAUCAAUUAUUGUUCAACGUGUUAAAAAAUAUAUUGUAUCAGAUUGGCGUACUUUAUCUGAUAACAAAACAUUGUUACACUUAUCUUUAAUGGAACAUCAUAACUCUAUUUCUGUUGGUAUUUGCAGAAGGUUUCCAUCGCUAUCAAUAGUUCAACUAUUAUUAUCUUGCCGGGCAUCGAUCAAUGCUAUUGAUUGUCAUCAUUAUACACCAUUACAUAAUUUGGCCAGCAAUAAAUUUAAAAAACUUACCAAGAAAAAGUGGGACGAUAUAAAAAAAAUAUUUAAAUUACUUAUCAAUGAUGGUGCACAUCUUGAUGCAAUAGCACAAGGAAAAACACCAGAAGAUUGUACUCAACAUGAAACCCUUAAAAGUCUUUUCCGAAUAUAUCCAAAUCAGCUCAGUCUGAAAUGUCUAUGCGCACGAAUGAUUCAAAAGAGCCAAUUAAAUUAUAUGGAUUAUGUUCCAAAAGCUUUGUACACAUUUAUUGAACUACAUUGA